AUGGCUCCUUGGCCUGAGUUGGAAAAUGCCCAGCCCGACCCCAGUAAAUACAUCGAAGGAGCCAUGAACCAGCAGCCCACCAUACCAGCCAAAGGCAAAGAGACUGACACAAAUGACACUGGGACUCCUGUAACCAAGAUUGAACUUCUGCCAUCCUACUCUACUGUGACGCUGAUAGAGGGGCCUGCCGAAGUGGACGACCCCUGGGACCUGCCUGCGCUUCGCGACACUGGGGUCAAGUGGUCAGAGAGAGACACCAAAGGGAAGAUCCUUUGUGUCUUCCAAGCGAUUGGGAAAUUGAUUUUGCUUCUGGGAUUUCUCUACUUGUUCGUGUGCUCCUUGGAUGUCCUCAGCAGUGCCUUCCAGCUGCUGGGAGGAAAGGCAGCUGGGCAGUUCUUCAGCAACAACUCCAUUAUGUCCAACCCUGUGGCAGGGCUGGUGAUCGGGGUGCUGGUGACCGUCUUAGUGCAGAGCUCCAGCACCUCCUCAUCCAUCAUUGUCAGCAUGGUGGCCUCCUCAUUGUUGACCGUGCGGACCGCCAUCCCCAUUAUCAUGGGGGCCAACAUUGGGACCUCAAUCACGAACACCUUCGUGGCGCUCAUGCAGGCAGGAGACCGGAGUGAGUUCAGACGGGCUUUUGCGGGGGCCACCAUCCAUGACUUCUUCAACUGGCUCUCCGUGUUGGUCCUCUUACCCCUGGAGGCAGCCACCCAUUACCUGGAGAUCCUGACCAACGUCGUGCUGGAGACUUUCAACUUCAAGAGUGGAGAAGAUGCCCCGGCACUUCUGAAAGUCAUCACAGACCCCUUCACAACGCUCAUUAUCCAGCUGGAUAAAACAGUGAUCAACCAAAUUGCAAUGAAAGAUGAAGCAGCCCAAAACAAGAGUCUGAUCAAAAUUUGGUGUGAAACUUUUACUAACGUGACUCAGAUGAAUGUCACUGUCCCCUCGCCUGACAACUGCACCUCCCCUUCCCGCUGUUGGACAGACGGUGUAUACACCUGGACCAUCAUGAAUGAGACCUACGUGGAGAACAUUGCUAAAUGCCAGCACAUCUUCGCGAAUUCCAGCCUCUCAGAUCUGAGUGUGGGCCUCAUCCUGCUUUUUUCCUCCCUGCUGGUUCUCUGCGGCUGCCUGAUCAUGAUUGUCAAGCUCCUGGAAACUGUGCUCAGGGGGCAGGUUGCUGUUAUCAUCAAGAAGACCCUCAACACUGAUUUCCCCUUUCCCUUUGCUUGGGUGACUGGCUACCUGGCCAUCCUCGUGGGAGCAGGCAUGACCUUUGUUGUGCAGAGCAGCUCCGUGUUUACGUCGGCUAUGACACCACUGAUAGGCAUGGGUGUGAUAAGCAUUGAGAGGGCGUAUCCGCUCACGCUGGGCUCCAACAUUGGUACCACGACCACCGCCAUCCUGGCCGCCCUAGCCAGCCCGGGCAGUACACUGAGGAGCUCGCUCCAGAUCGCCCUGUGCCACUUUUUCUUCAACAUCUCCGGCAUCUUGCUGUGGUACCCCAUCCCGUUCACCCGCCUGCCCAUCCGCCUGGCCAAGGGGCUGGGCAACAUCUCUGCCAAGUACCGCUGGUUCGCCGUCUUCUACCUGGUCUUCCUCUUUGUCCUGACCCCGCUGGUGGUGUUCGGCCUCUCGCUGGCCGGCUGGCAGGUGCUGGUGGGCGUAGGGGUGCCCAUCAUCUUCCUGCUCCUCCUGGUGCUGGGCAUCAGGCUCCUGCAGGCCCGCUGCCCGCGCGUCCUGCCCACGAAGCUCCAGAACUGGAACUUCCUACCCUUGUGGAUGCACUCGCUGAAGCCCUGGGACAACCUCAUCUCCCUGCUCACCAGCUGCUGCCAGACCCGCUGCUGCCUCUGCUGCCGCCUGUGCUGCCGCGCGUGCUGCCUGCUGUGCGGCUGCCCCACGUGCUGCCGCUGCAGCAAGUGCUGCGGAGACCUGGAGGAGGGGCAGGAGGUGGAGGGCAUCCCGGUCAAGGCCCCCAAGGCCUUCGAUAACAGAGCCAUGAGUAGAGAGGCCCAGGAUGAGGUCAAGUCCCAAACUGACUCCCUGGGCACCAAGACCAUCUCCAGCAGCACAACCUUAUAG